GUUGAGCCACCACGAUGCCAGUGAAUGCACCACGUAGGCGGGCUCGCCACGCGGUUCGGAAAAAUGCGGUCGUGGUUUUGCCCAAUUGUCUUAAAUUAUUAGCAUUGUUAUUUAGUUGCCAUACCGGUUGCAUGUUUCCAAUAUGUUUUUUCAAGUAACGUGUGUCGUCUUUUUUAAAAUGAUUAUUAUUUUGUCGAGUUACAGCCCGCCACCGUAGCCUGGCGUGUCCUUUUCACGACUUAAUCGACAAUUCCACAUUUCGGCUCCUUUUUGGUCUUUUUUUAUUUUUUAAAUUUAAUUCUACCAGCACAUCUCCUCACCCAGAUGGAGAAGCAACUCUCGGAGGCGGAGGCGCACUGUCAGGAAGACAACCAAGACGCCGCUGAGCCCGAAGCCCGAGCGGGCUGGAACAGUAAAAUCGAGUACUUUUUGGCCCAAGUGGGAUUCAGCGUCGGGCUCGGCAACGUCUGGCGUUUUCCGUAUUUGUGCCAUCAAAACGGAGGGGGAUCUUUUUUGUUGCUCUACGUGCUGAUGAUGCUGAUCGUGGGCAUUCCCUUGUUCUUCAUGGAGCUGGCGGCCGGGCAGGCCAUCAGGCAAGGCAGCAUCGGCGUGUGGAAGUCCAUCUCCCCGAGGCUGGUCGGGAUUGGCUACUCCAGCUGCGUGGUGUGCUUCUUUGUGGCGCUGUACUACAACGUCAUCCUCGCCUGGAGCCUUUUCUACCUGGGCAACUCCUUUCAGUCGCCGUUACCCUGGACGACGUGCCCGGACGAGGGCAACGCGACCCUUCCCGAGUGUCGGGCCAACUCCACGACGUCGCACUUUUGGUACCGGCAAGCGCUGGACGUCAGCGAGUCCAUCGACGACACGGCCUCCUUCAACCCGUACAUCGUGGGCUGCCUGCUGGCCGCCUGGGCCAUCGUCUGCCUGGGGAUGUUCAAGGGGAUCAAAAGUUCCGUCAAGGUGAUGUAUUUCUCCUCCAUCUUCCCGUACGUGGUGCUGUUGUGCUUCCUCGUGCGAGGUCUCCUCCUGGAAGGGGCUUUGGAAGGAAUCACCUACAUGUUCUCCCCCAAGCUGGAGAUCUGGGGCGACAUGCAGGUGUGGCGUCAGGCGGCCACGCAGGUCUUCUUCGCUCUGGGCUUGGGCUUCGGCUCCAUCAUCGCUUAUUCGUCGUACAACCCCAAGAGCAACAACUGCCACCGCGACGCCUACACCGUGUCCUUCAUCAAUUUCUUCACGUCGGUGCUGGCCACCUUGGUGGUCUUCGCCGUGCUCGGCUUCCGCGCCAACAAGAUCGCCUCCGAGUGCGUCGUGAGGAACCUGGAGCUGCUGUUGGCGCAGGCCCAAAGCGGGAACGUGAGCCAAAGCAUGAUGCCGAGCUUCAACCACUCGGACCCGGCCUCCUUGGGCCUGGAGGCGUACAGGAGCUGGUACAAACUUCACGAAAGCCACGUCGGCCGCACGUUGUCCGACUGCGACCUGGAAAAGGAGAUGCAGAAGGGCGUGCAGGGGACGGGCCUGGUUUUCAUCGUCUUCACGGAGGCCAUGUCGCUGUUGCCCGGUAGUCCCUUUUGGUCGGCGCUCUUCUUCCUCAUGCUGCUCAACUUGGGCCUCAGCACCAUGUUCGGCACCAUGGAGGGCAUCCUGGCCCCGCUCACCGACCGCUUCAAGACGCUGGCAAACAACAAGACCAAACUCACAGUUUUGAGCUGCCUCGUCGGCUUCCUGAUCGGCCUGCUCUUCACCCAGCGCUGCGGGAACUACUUCGUUCAGAUGUUUGACGAUUACUCGGCCACGUUGCCUCUCAUCAUCGUGGUGGUGUUCGAGAACUUCAGCGUGUCUUGGCUGUACGGAGCUGACAGGUUUCUGGACGACAUCGAGGGCAUGCUGGGUUGGCGUCCGUCCGCGGUCUACAAGUACCUGUGGAAGUACAUCUGUCAGCUGGCAAUGGUGGCGCUGCUCGGGGCCACGAGCGUUCGCAUGUUCAUCGACCCGCCGACUUACAUGGAGUGGCGGCAAGCGACGGGCUCCGAGGUGGCGACUCCGUACCCGGGCUGGGCCCUGGCCGUCCUCGCCCUGCUCAUCGUCUUUGCCAUGUUGCCCGUCCCGCUGGGCUUCGUCUACACCCUCCUCCGGGACCGGAACGGGGCCCGCUCCGGCGGGGCGGCGGCGGACGAGUACAGAAUCGUCAGCACCAGCUGCGAAACCCCCAUGACCGACGUGUCCGCCGUCAACCGGUGGAACGGCGACGCGGCCUCGCCCUGAAUAGCCGCAAAACGACCCAUCCACACUUAAUCCUUGGACUUUUGAACAUGUGCAUUUUUAAUAAUUAUUAUUAUUAUUAUUUUACAUUUCUUUGAAAAGGCAAGUAUGCGGCCGGUUACAUUUUCAUUUUGUGGCGUUCCACAUGUUGCUGCUUUACUUCUCGAACGCUGAGCCUGAAUUUGGCCGUCGGAACUAUUCGGGUCGGUCCACUUUUUUUCCCACAGUUGCAAAGACGCGCUUGCUUUGUUGUUGCCGCCGGCAACGUGGUAUUCAUUUUUUAAAAAUAUUAGUGAUUCGCCGUCCUUUGUCGAGGUUGUUUACAAGCGUGAUUGACGUUUUCCCUCCGCCUCGAUCGGACGGAAAUGACUUUGCGAAUCGUUAAGGGAAAUGAAAACUUGAGCCUCUCGAUCAUUUGCCAGUUUUUAUGAAUAGAAAUGUAUUCCGCGUGGCCAUUUUUAUUAACCCGUCCUCUUAAAGCUUUCAGGGAUUAUUAUUGUUAUUAUGACAUAUUUAUUUUGGAAUGCUGUCAGCAAAAAAAUCACUCCAACGUGUCACAUUUCCAGUUUUCAACAUGAAGACGUCGACCGGACCCGAAAUUCCAGCGCACGCGGGACGAUUUUGUAGAUUUGUGACAUUUACUGCGUCCGUCGCUGAUGAGGGCAAAAGGUGUUGUUUCGCGUCAGCGUUUUUACUGCGUAAGGUGAAUGUACAGAUGCCAAGUGGCUUUUGUUUUGUCUAAAAAAAAAAAAAAAAGAAAGAAAUGGAACAUUUUGAACUUAAGUGUACAGUAAAUGCAAUUUUCCUUUUAAUAUCUUUUUUUUUUCUAUGAAAACAUUUUCUCAUUAAAAGCAGUUCUUUGAACA